AUGAGUAACACCUAUAUGGAGGAAUGGAUGGUGACAGUUGGGAAACAACUGUCACUUCAGAUCAACUCAGGAAAUGGUGCUCUUGCAGAACAUUCUGAAAAUGUGCAUAUUUCAGGAGUGUCAACUGCUUGUGGAGAGACUCCAGAACAAAUUAGAGGACCAAGUGGGAUAAUCACAAGCCCUGGGUGGCCUUUUGAAUAUCCUGCCAGAAUCAACUGUAGCUGGUAUAUACGGGCAAACCCAGGGGAAAUCAUUACUAUAAGUUUUCAGGAUUUUGAUAUUCAGGGAUCAAGACGAUGCAAUUUGGACUGGUUGACAAUAGAAACCUUCAAAAAUGUUGAAAGUUAUAGAGCCUGUGGCUCCACUAUUCCACCACCAUAUAUUUCAUCACAGGACCAUGUUUGGAUCAAAUUUCAUUCUGACGACAGCAUCUCUAGGAAAGGUUUCAGGCUGGCAUAUUUUUCAGGAAAAUCUGAUGAACCAAAUUGUGCAUGUGAUCAAUUUCGUUGUGGUAAUGGAAAAUGCAUUCCCGAAACCUGGAAAUGUAAUAAUAUGGAUGAGUGUGGAGACAAUUCUGAUGAAGAGAUAUGUGCCAAAGAAGCUGAUCCUCCAACAGCUUCCUCUUUUCAACCCUGUGCUUACAACCAAUUCCAAUGCCUAUCUCGAUUUACCAAAGUUUACACUUGUCUUCCUGAAUCCUUAAAAUGUGAUGGAAACAUUGACUGUCUUGACCUAGGAGAUGAAAUAGACUGUGAUGUACAGACAUGUGGACAGUGGUUAAAAUACUUUUAUGGUACUUUUAAUUCUCCUAAUUAUCCAGACUUUUAUCCUCCAGGAAGCAAUUGUACCUGGUUAAUAGACACUGGUGAUCAUCGCAAAGUAAUUUUGCGCUUCACUGACUUUAAGCUCGAUGGUACUGGUUAUGGUGAUUAUGUCAAAAUAUAUGAUGGAUUAGAAGAAAAUCCACACAAGCUUUUACGUGUAUUAACUGCUUUUGACUCUCAUGCACCUCUUACAGUUGUUUCUUCUUCUGGACAGAUAAGAGUGCAUUUUUGUGCUGAUAAAGUGAAUGCUGCCAGGGGUUUUAAUGCUACCUAUCAAGUCGAUGGCUUCUGUUUGCCUUGGGAAAUACCCUGUGGGGGUAACUGGGGUUGUUAUACUGAGCAGCAACGUUGUGAUGGGUACUGGCAUUGCCCAAAUGGGAGGGAUGAAAUCAACUGUACCAUGUGCCAAAAGGAGGAAUUUCCCUGUUCAAGAAAUGGUGUCUGUUACCCUCGUUCUGACCGCUGCAAUUACCAGAAUCACUGCCCUAAUGGCUCCGAUGAAAAAAACUGCUUUUUUUGCCAACCAGGAAAUUUUCAUUGCAAAAAUAACCGAUGUGUAUUUGAAAGCUGGGUAUGUGAUUCUCAAGAUGACUGUGGUGAUGGCAGUGAUGAGGAGAACUGCCCAGUAAUUGUGCCUACCAGAGUUAUAACAGCAGCAGUCAUAGGGAGUCUCAUCUGUGGACUAUUACUCGUCAUUGCAUUGGGGUGUACUUGUAAACUGUAUUCUUUAAGGAUGUUUGAACGAAGAUCAUUUGAAACACAGUUGUCAAGAGUUGAAGCAGAAUUAUUAAGAAGAGAAGCUCCUCCUUCUUAUGGACAAUUGAUAGCCCAAGGAUUGAUUCCACCAGUUGAAGAUUUCCCUGUUUGUUCACCUAACCAGGCUUCAGUUUUGGAAAACCUAAGGCUAGCUGUGCGAUCUCAACUUGGAUUUACCUCAAUCAGGCUCCCAAUAGCAGGCAGAUCCAGCAAUAUUUGGAAUCGUAUUUUUAAUUUUGCAAGAUCACGUCAUUCAGGAUCGCUCGCUCUAGUGUCAGCAGAUGGAGAUGAUGUUCCUACUCAAAAUUCUAGUAGAGAACCUGAAAGAAAUACUGCUCAUAGAAACCUAUUUUCCGUUGAGUCUGAUGACACAGACACAGAGAAUGAGAGGAGAGACACUGCUGGAGCAGUUGGUGGAGUUGCAGCCCCUUUACCUCAGAAAGUCGCUCCCACGACAGCCAUUGAGGCAACAGUAGGAGCAUGUGGAAGUUCCUCAAGUCAGAAUACCCGCAGUGGUAAUACAGAUAAUGGAAGGGAAGUGUCCAGUGUGGAACCUCCAAGCGUGAGCCCAGCUCGUCACCAGCUCACUAGUGCACUGAGUCGAGUGACUCAAGGUUUACGUUGGGUACGCUUUACAUUAGGGAGAUCAAGCUCUGUCAAUCAGAACCAGAGUCCUUUGAGACAGCUUGAUAAUGGGGUGAGUGGGAGAGAAGAAGAUGAUGAUGUUGAAAUGCUAAUUCCUGUUUCUGAUGUAGCUUCAGACUUUGAUGUGAAUGACUGUUCCAGACCUCUUCUUGAUCUUGCUUCAGAUCAAGGACAAGGGCUUAGACAACCGUACAGUGCAGCACACCAUGGAGUAAGGCCAUGUAAUCGAGAUGGCCCUUGUGAGCGCUGUGGUAUUGUUCACACUGCCCAGAUACCCGACUCCUGCUUAGAACCAACACUAAAAAGUGAAACUAGUGAUGAUGAGGCUUUGUUACUUUGUUAGGUACAGUUUGAAUAGGGGAGAUUGUAUACAAGUUGGAGCAAUAUCCAGUCAUUGUUUUGUACUUUAUAAUUAAGAAAACUAGUUUUAGUUUAAAAAAA